AUGACAGGAUCAGAAGAUCGUAGUCGUGGUGGAGAUCAACCACCGGAUUUGCAAAUGCAAGCUAUUACUCGCACCUUGCAACGUCUAUUAGAAAAUGCAUUAGAGCCUAUACACUCUCGUUUGGACAAGAUUGAAGGGGGUGGUUCACAAUCUGUCCAUAAUGAACAUAAUGAUGAAAAUGACAUUGAACAUUCACCAAGGGUGAAUCAACGACCAGGACGCACAGUUGACGAUAAUAUUUCUAACAUUAAAGUUGCCAUACCUUCUUUUCAGGGAUGUUCAAAUCCAGAUGCUUAUCUGACAUGGGAAAGCAAGGUUGAACACGUUUUUGAGUGUUAUAACUACUCAGAACAGAAAAAAGUUCGACUAGCAGCUAUGGAGUUUGUUGACUAUGCACUGGUAUGGUGGGACCAAUUACUGAUUAGUCGACGACGUACAGGUGAAGGUCUAGUGAGAACAUGGGAAGAUAUGAAGCGUAUCAUGCGGAGACGAUUUGUUCCUUCUCACUAUCAUCGAGAUUUAUUUCAGAAAUUACAAACCUUGAAACAGGGCAACAGGAGCGUUGAGGACUAUUUCAAGGAGAUGGAGAUGUCCAUGAUGCGUGCAAACGUAGUUGAGGAUAGUGAGGCGACUAUGGCUCGGUUUUUGGCAGGUUUAAAUUCUGAAAUAGCAAACAUUGUUGAAAUGCAACAUUAUGUUGAGUUGGAUGACAUGGUGCAUAUGGCGAUCAAAAUUGAGCGACAACAAUGUAGAAAAGCUUCUACUCGAGGUAAUACUCCAUUUAAAUCUUUUUCGAAUCCUUUAUACACCCCUAACAAUGCCAGGAAACAAGCACCACAACCGCCAUUACGGAUUCGAGAGCCAAAGAACCCAAAGAAACCAAAGCCUCCCAUUGCUGAUAAUGGACGUGGCAAACAACCAAUGGUGGCACCAGAACGAUCAAGAGAUAUUCAGUGCUUUAAGUGCCUUGGUAGAGGACAUGUUGCUAGCCAGUGUCCUAAUCGGAGGGUUAUGUUGAUGCGAGAAGAUGGAGAGAUCGAGUCAGAUUCUGAGGAAGAUGUACAUGAACUCCCGACUAAAGAAGAUGAAGAGAAUGACCUAGAAGUUCUGAAUCGGUCAAGUUAUGGAGAUCAUGGUUGUCAAACCGGUAGUUGUACUAAUGUUGCUAGUUCAGUGAUGGUUGACAGAUUAGGUCUUAAGACGACAAAGCAUCCGAAUCCGUACAAGUUGCAGUGGUUGAAUGACGGUGGAGAACUUAAAGUGACGAAACAAGUGGUUGUACCGCUUUCAAUUGGAAACUACAAGGACGAGGUCCUUUGUGAUGUUGUGUCGAUGGAUGCUACUCACCUUCUUUUGGGCGCCUUGUUCCCUGCUGAUUUGCCUGCAUCGAUUGUGUCCCUUUUGCAAGAGUUUGAGGAUGUGUUUCCGAAAGAAACACCGAAGGGAUUACCACCUCUUCGUGGCAUUGAGCACCAGAUUGAUUUCAUUCCAGGUGCUACCAUUCCAAAUCGACCAGCUUAUCGUACUAACCCUGAAGAGACGAAAGAGCUUCAAAGGCAAGUUGUAGAAUUGAUGGACAAGGGUUAUAUUCGAGAAAGUCUAAGUCCAUGUGCUGUUCCGGUGUUGUUAGUACCGAAGAAAGAUGGGUCUUGGAGGAUGUGCGAGAUUGUAGAGUCGUGA